AUGGCGCUCCCGACACAGUUGGCGCACUACCAUGGAGCGUUGCAAAAGCGCUCGCGCAUCACCCAGGCGCAGGAGCACGCGAAGCUGGAAGAUGCGCGUUCUCAGCCGGCGUCGACCACGCAAUGCUCCUCCUUUGGGUCAAUCAUCACUUUUGGCGCCGGCCUCAGCGUCAUGGGAUUCCUCACCGGCUUCGAGUCCUGCGUCGUACGCGUUCGCGGACUGCCUUUCGACGCUCAUGAGCGUGAGAUCUACGCGCUGUUCACCCAACAAGGCAUCGACAAGGCUCGUCUUUACCUCAAGACGAACAGAGUGGUCGAAGAUGGCUCGCGCGAAGUCGAGAUGGUCAUGGAUUCGGAUGCCGGUGCGGCGCUUUCGGUCGGCCUUGACAUGCUCGAGUUCAGAGAUCGGUCUCUGUCUUUUGAGGUACAUGAUCAUACCGUGCCGGGGAAGAUGGCCCGCUUGAGCGUCAAAGACGCGGAUGUUCUGACCGUGUCGUGGCGCGAGCCUUCGGUCGGCUAUAUAGUGACUUUGACGUCUCUUGAGGAAGCUCAUAGGGUGGCCCAAGAGCUCGAUGGCUCGGUAUGCUUUGGGAGGCGCCUGAAGGCGGCUAUGUAUGUUCCGCUGCGCUUCACUUCCGGGUCAGCACCGCUUGCUCCCUUGGUCAGGAUCACCGGUGUCCCUGUCUCUGCGACAGACAGCGACAUCAGGGACCUCGUCGGAGCCGACCUCGUACAUCUUCAUCGUAGCGGGGUCGUCUGUGCGAACGUCAACCCUUUCAACGUCAUCCGAGUCGCCGCGUUUGCGACUGGCUGUCGAGAUAAGGCGGACAUCAUCAGCAUUGAUCGCACCGAGAGCACGGACGAGCUGCUUCGUGGGUUCAUCCAGCUUCGCGCCCGCUUUCGUACCUGGGACCAAGCGAAGCGCGUAUACGACUACCUGAUUGGUAUAAAGCUCGCUCAUGGCACGCUCUGUAGGGUCUUGCACUCCUUCCCUCUCUCAUUCACCAUCACCAUCCCCAUCCUACAGUAUAUCGCCCAGCGCUUCUCAUGGAACGAGCUGCAUCAGUCGGCAUCGGAGGCCGGCCAGGAUCAUUGCAGGUUGUCCACCAAUGAACUUCCUGGGGAACCGACCAUACAGAUAUCUCUUUCGGGCGGUGAUCCGGCCAUCGUCGGCCCGUUGAAAGUGAAGGUGGAGGAGCUCGCGGCUUCUGGUGAACUGGUUAGCGGAUGGCAUCCGCGGCUCGCUCAGCUUGAAUACCGCGAAGGACCGUUUGUCAAUCGAGCUCUUGUAGAGAGCGGCGCGUUCAUAUGCGUGGACCAGCAGCGACAGCAGAUCAGAGUUUAUGGGAGCCCCGAGGCAAUCGCUCGAGGCCGCACAAUCGUCCAGGAUGAGCUUGCCCGUCUUGCUGGUCCCAGUCAGACGCAGGUCGCGCGCGUUCCGCGGGAGGCUGCGCGCGAUUUCAUGAUGCGCGGAGUGCCCGAACUCUGUGAGCAUCUCGGGGAGGAGAACGUCCAUUUCGAUCCCGCAACCUGCGUGCUCACCACCUCAGGUGGCGCCGAAACACGACAUCUUAUCUUCCGCGUUAUCUUUACGCACGCUGCGCCCGUAGAGCCCAGGAUCCCUGCCGGCGCACGAGACGUCUGUCCCAUCUGCUAUGAUGCCGUACAGGCGCCUGUACGACUUGCUUGCGGGCACACGUACUGCACUCCCUGCUUACGCCACUUCCUACGGAGUGCAAUAGACUCGGACAAGUUCCCGUUGACUUGUAUGGGCGAUGAAGCUCGUUGCGGCGUCCCCAUCCCCAUCCACCACAUAGAGUGCUUUCUAUCGAAACAGCUCUACUCGCGCCUUCUCCAGGCCGUUUUCCGCACAUACAUCGCACGGAACCCUCUGACGGUGCGGUACUGCAAGACGCCCAACUGCCAGCAGGUCUAUCGUGUCGCAUCGCAAGACGUACCGCGGCCGGUCCCCACCAAAUGUCCUGACUGUCUGGUCGUCGUCUGUCCAGGUUGUAAUCAGGGCGCCCACGAGGGGUAUACCUGCGCGGAGCAUCUCGCGCGGACCGAUCCUGAAGAGCAGGAGCGGCUUGUCGAUCUGUGGGUGACGGACCAGGGAGGGCGCGUACAGCGAUGCCCGCAAUGUAGGCUUCCGCUGGAGAAGACGGCCGGUUGUAACCAUGUUACCUGCAGAUGUGGCGUGCAUAUCUGUUGGCGCUGUUGGGGCAUCAGUUCAGAAUCGGCGGAUGAGAUCUAUAAGCAUAUGCGGAGUGAGCAUGGAGGCUACUCUUGA